CAAGUUUUCCGAAUCUGGGCUGGAGUCAAGGACGAAUUUGUCAGUUGAAAUUCUGGGGAUAGGUGGUGUGUGCGCUUCUCCCCCAAACUUUCGAGAUGCAGGUGUGUGCCAACUUUAGCUCUGGGCUUGUUUUCAAUGUACCGUUUUUGCUUCUUGGAGGGUGGUAUUCGCGGGGUCAGGCAGCCUGACCACGUCCAGUGAAAACUGGGGUUGGAAUGGACGCUUUUGGCUGGCCGAUAGGCGAUGCCAACCUCACGUCGACGACGUCAAGUAACUGGCGAUCAUUUUUCACUUCUGCUUAAACAUGACUCCUGUUAUCGCUCCAGGCGGCUGGAAGGCGCAAGGCACGCACACAUGCGCUGGCGAUCGCGAUUUCGGGCCGUUAUCAAGCGACGAUGAUGUCUUAUCUUGGGAAAGGGGCCCAAAUCAGGGCAAGACCAAGAUCAGUCUCAGUCAGAAUCUUGACUCAGGGGUCUCUGAUUCUCAUGUUGAAUCUGCUGGUCAUCAAGUCUAGGUAGCAGAAGCCCAGUUGAACAGGAUAGGUAGCAGAACUUCUGUUGGACUUGUCCCACGCUCCAACAUGAAAGUAGUGGUGCCAGUGCCCAGCCAGUUCACCGUCCACAGCUAGGGGCUUAAUAUCAGCCGGGCAAUGCAUGUGGCCAGUUGUAACGUGGAAGGGAUGGUGUUGUGAUUUGAAAAACGU